CCGUACUAACGGUACUUCUAGGUUUAUACAUUUUCUCCCCUCGAACGCAACGGACGUGUUUUCUUUGUCUUAAAUCUGAGAGAUCAGGAAUACGCAGCAUGUUUGCAAGCAACUUGGUGGCCAUCUUCCUGCUGGCAUGCCUCGGCCUAGCGCAGGCCUACCCGGCCCUGCUGCCCUAUAUCUACAAUCCCUCGCACCAGAACCACGCCAUUAAGCGCAACGAUGCGGUCUUCCCCCAAAUAGAGGACGAUGUCGGCGAGCUGGACCAGCUGCGGAAGGAGCAGAUGGGUGUGAGCAAGCGGCAGCAUGAUGGCAGCACCGCUCGCACCAGCACCACUACCAAGGAGAGCGUUGAGGAGGGUGCCGCCGCCGCCCCCGAGCCCCAUCAAAGUGCGAACAUGAACAUCCUGCCGGACCUGGAGCGUCAGCUGGAGGUGGCGACGCCGCUGAUAUCGACGACAACUACCACCAGUACCUCUGCCACAACCACAACGGCCAUGUCGAAGGAGGAGAGUGAACGCUCGCAGCUGGAGGAGCCGAAGACGGCCAUCAAGACGGUGGUCGAGCCGACGGUUCAUGCCAAGUGUAUAUCCACGAAACCACCCAAAAACCAACAGGCAUUUUAUGGUGCAGCUCGUCUAGCCUUCGGCCAGAACCCGGAGGUGUUGCCAACAUCUUCAACCACGUCCACAAGCACCACAACCACCACCACGACAACCACAACGCCCGCACCACCUGAGGAACCACAACCCGAACCCGAAACCGAGUCCAAACCCGAGACCGAGUCUGAGCCCCAAGCAGCAGCCGAAUCUGAAUCUGAACCUGUACCUGAUCACGAACCCGAAUCCGAAUCCGAAUCUGGAGCGGAUGCGGCCGAUCCAGAAAGUACCGACGCAGCCGCAGCGGAAACAGAACUGACCGCCCUGACACCGCCCAAGGUGGCAGGAGCGGGACCCCACAGCCACGAGCACGAUGUCAACAAGGAGACCAUUGGGGACAUCAUCUUCGAUGUGGUGGCCCGGACCACGCUUACGGAGCGGAGGUCUAGCGCGCCAAAGAUAACGGCCAAGACGGUCCAGGGUCUACUGCACAGUCCCAAUGGCCAGUACUCGUCCUUCGACAUGGCUCAGUAUAUAUUCUGGACGGGCGACGAGACGGCUGUGGUCAAGGCAGUGGAGGAACUAGUCAGUGGAAGAGUGAUUACGCGAGAGAAAGCCCUCAAGUUCUUGCAGGAUAUUCGACUGGGCAUUGAGUUCCUGCAGCGCUCCUAUGCCAACCGCAUCUUCCCCGAGGAGGUGCGCCAGAACCAGCUGAAGCGGCAUAGCCCCGCCAGGCCCACGUCCCCAUCCACAACGUCCACAACAACAACGACUACCAGUACCACGAGUACAACCACGGAGAAACCCUUCCCGAAUGUGCACGCGUCGGAGGGGAUUGCACCGCAGGCAGGAGCCGUGCCAGUAAAAACCUUUGAUAGCUUCAACUUCUGGAACAAGCUCAAGGACAUGGACAAUGAGGCGCAACAAGACCUAACGGACUAUGACGAGGGUCGUGCCAAGAUUGUGGAGUACCUGUACAACGAGUACUCCCUGGAGGAGAUCCUCUACAAGCUGGCAAAGGUGAUGUUUGCCCAGUCCCUGGCCCAUGGCUCCGAUGAGGCACAAAUGGAGCUGCAGAAGCUGACCGAAUUCCUCGAGCACGAGGGCAAUCUGGGCGUCAUACCCGUUGACUUGCAGAAAAAAGUGUUAAGAGUGCUGCUGAGCGCCUUGUCAGACACGUUGACCGAGCAUCCGGAACUGCUGCCGGCAGCGCGCGUCAAUCUGGCCAAUCCGUUUUACAGGCUUCCAAUGCAUACUCCCAGCCAGUAGAGCAAAAGUUAUCAGAAUAAUAUAAAUCUAUCUAUAUACAUAUAUAUAUAUAUAUAAAUCUAUAUAAAUGUAUACAUGCAUAAUCCACAUCAGCUAUCAGCUAUCGACAUUUAGCAAACAGAUUUGAAGAUGCGCUCUCUCGGAAUUGCCUAGAAAUCUUUGAUUAGACUUAGCCCUAUGUUAUGUAUUGUGUGUACUCGAAAUUGGCACUUCCAAGUUUAUUUAUGGACAUGCUUUUAUUCUACGUGUAAUAUAGCAAAAGAUUAUCGUGAUAUAUAUAUUUUUUUUUGUUGGUCAGGCAAAGACAGAGAAAAACCCUUUACGUACACGGCAGAGAGAGACUUGCGCCACUUUGAGGUUUUUAAAAUGAAUCUUAAACAGAAUGUAGAAUAUUUAACUGCAUAGAAAUUCGUACACUUGCUUAUAUUUGAUAUGAGUUAGUUAGGAAAAAUGAGGUUGAGUGGGAGUAUCUUUGGUUAGUAGUGGCGACGAAGUAACGAAGCAGGAAUGGGCUCUGAGUCCGCAUAUAUCAGUAGAGCAACAGCAGCAACAGCAGACACAAAAAUAAUAAUACCUAUUAUACGUUUCCCCCUCAGUAA